AUGGUGGUCAAGGGGGUGGAGACCCUCUCUAAAGCUUCUCACACUUCUGCAGCGUUUGCUUCUUCUCUUGGCUUCAACCUGGACACUGAGCAGCUGACACGUUUCCACAUGGACGGCGCUGCGUUCGGACACAGUGUGGUCCAGUAUGACAACACCUGGGUGAUGGUUGGUGCUCCAAAGGAAACGAGGGCCACUAACCAAAUGGGUGGCCUCUACAAAUGUGGCUAUUACGUGGGCAAGUGUGAGCCUGUCCACCUCCAGGUGCCCCCAGAGGCUGUGAACAUGUCACUGGGCCUGUCUCUCACUGCUGCCACUAACCCUUCCAAGCUGUUGGCCUGUGGUCCUACUGUGCACCACACAUGCAAAGAGAAUAUAUACCUGACGGGGCUCUGCUUUCUGCUGGCUUCCUCAUCUCUCCUGCAGUACCAAAGGUUUCCAGCUGCCCAGCAGGAGUGUCCACGGCAGGAGCAGGACAUCGUGUUCUUGAUUGAUGGCUCGGGUAGCAUCCACUCCAGUGAUUUUAAAACAAUGCUACAAUUCGUGGAAACUGUGAUGAGCCAAUUCCACCGACCCUACACACAGUUCUCCCUGAUGCAGUUCUCCGAUAGAUUCUUCACACAUUUUACUUUCAAGGACUUCAUCUCCACCUCAAACCAUCUAAUCCUGUUGAACUCUGUAAGGCAGCUGAGAGGGUAUACAUAUACAGCCACGGCUAUGGAGAAGGUCAUAACGGAACUGUUCACUGCCCAAAAUGGGGCUCGGAAAGAUGCCACCAGGGUCCUCAUUGUCAUUACUGAUGGGAGGAAAGAAGGUGACCGCCUGAGUUAUGAUGCUGUCAUCCCCCAGGCAGAUGCUAAGGGCAUCAUCCGUUAUGCAAUUGGGGUAGGAAGGGCCUUUCACUAUGAACAGACCAAGAAAGAAUUAGAGAAAAUUGCAUCAGAGCCUUCCCAAGAACACAUUUUCCACGUGGAAAACUUUGACGCUUUGAAGGACAUUCAGAACCAGCUGAAGGAGAAGAUCUUUGCCAUUGAGGGUACAGAGACAGCAAGUGGCAGUUCUUUUGAGUUGGAGAUGUCCCAGGAGGGCUUCAGUGCUGUGAUCACACCUGAUGGACCAGUUCUGGGAGCUGUGGGAAGCUUCAGCUGGUCUGGAGGUGCCUUCCUAUACCUCCAAAAUAUGAGACCCACCUUCAUCAGCAUGCCUCAGGAGAACGUGGACAUGCGGGAUGCUUACCUGGGUUACUCCACCGCACUGGCCUUUCGGAAGGGGGUCUACAGCCUGGUCCUGGGAGCCCCUCGCCACCAGCACACAGGGAAGGUUGUCAUCUUUACCCAGGAAUCCAGGCAAUGGAGGCCCAAGUCUGAAGUCAGCGGGACACAGAUCGGCUCCUACUUUGGGGCCUCCCUCUGCUCUGUGGACAUGGAUGGAGAUGGCAGCACUGACCUGGUUCUGAUUGGGGCCCCCCAUUACUAUGAGAAGACCCGAGGGGGGCAGGUGUCUGUGUGCCCCAUGCCCGGUGGGAGGAGCAGGUGGCAGUGUGAGGCCGCUCUCCACGGGGAGCAGGGCCAUCCUUGGGGCCGCUUUGGAGCAGCCCUGACAGUGCUAGGGGACGUGAACGGGGACCGUGUGACAGAUGUGGCUAUUGGAGCACCUGGAGAGGAAGAGAACGUGGGGGCCGUGUACAUAUUUCAUGGAGCCUCAAAACUGGACGUCAACCCCUCACCCAGCCAGAGGAUUUCAGGAUCCCGGCUCUUCCCUGGGCUCCAAUAUUUUGGGCAGUCACUGAGUGGCGGUCAGGACCUCACCGGGGAUGGACUGGUGGACCUGGCCGUGGGGUCCAAGGGGAACGUGCUACUGCUCAGGACCAGACCCAUUCUUCGAAUGUCACCGACUGUGACAUUCUCACCUUCGGAGAUCACCAGGUCUGUGUUUGAGUGUCAGGAGCAGGUGGCUUCUGUUCAGACACUGGGUGACGCCAAAGUCUGCCUUUAUAUUUAUGAUAGCUCCAAGACCCGACUAGGUGACCUCAAAAGCUCUGUCACCUUUGACCUGGCCCUAGACCCUGGCCGCCUGAGUCCGCGUGCCAUCUUCGAGGAAACAAAGACCCAGGCUCUGUCCCGAGUUCAAAUCCUUGGCCUGAGCAAGCACUGUGAGACUGUGAGGUUGCUUCUGCCGGCCUGUGUGGAAGACUCGGUGACCCCUAUCACUUUGCGCCUCAACUUCUCUCUUGUUGGCCUGCCCAUCCGUCCUCACCAAAGCCUUCUGCCCAUGCUGGCUGUGGAUGAGCAAACAUACUACACAGCCUCUCUUCCCUUUGAGAAAAACUGUGGAGCCGACCACAUCUGUCAGGACGACCUUGGCAUCAUCUUUGGCUUCCCAGACUUGAAGACCCUGGUGGUGGGAAGUGACCUGGAGCUGAAUGUAAAUGUGACGGUCUCUAACGACGGGGAAGAUUCCUACGGGACCACGGUUGCUCUGCUCUACCCGGUGGGCCUGUCCUUUAGACGAGUUGCAGAAGGCCAAAUACUCCUCCGGGGGAAGGAGGAGAACCAAUGGCGGCAGCGUUCCCUACACCUCACCUGUGAUAGCUCUCCAAGCAGGAGCCAGGGCUUCUGGAGGACCAGUUGCAGCAUCAGCCACAUCAUUUUCCGAGGAGGUGCACAGAUGACUUUCUUGGUAACUUUUGAUGUCUCUCCCAAAGCUGUGCUGGGGGCCCAGCUGUCUCUAACAGCCAGAGUGAGCAGUGAGAAUGAUACGCCUAAGACCAAUAAAACCACCUUCAAGCUGAAGCUCCCAGUAAAGUAUGCCGUGUACACUGUGAUCAGCAGUCACGACCAGUCUACCAAGUAUCUCAACUUCUCGGCCUCAGAAAAGGAGAAGAGCAGCGUGGUCGAACACAGAUACCAGGUGAAUAAUCUGGGGCAGAGGGACGUGCCAGUCAGCAUCAACUUUCUGGUGCCUGUAGCGCUGAAGGGAGAAGCUGUGUGGACAGUGGAGGCCCCCCAGCUCCAGAACCUUCCCACCCAGUGCUAUCAGAACAGAAUGGUGCCAACACAAUCUGACCUCCUGGCUCACAUGCAGAGGAGCCCUGUGCUGGACUGCUCCAUUGCUGACUGCCUGCACUUCCGCUGUGACAUCCCCUCCUUGGGCAUCCAGGACGAGCUUGACUUCAUUCUGAAGGGCAACCUCAGCUUUGGCUGGGUCAGCCAGACAUUGCAGAAAAAGGUGGUGGUCCUGAGCGUGGCUGAGGUCACAUUCGACACAUCUGUGUAUUCCCAGCUGCCAGGACAGGAGGCGUUUCUGAGAGCCCAGACGAAGACAGUGCUGGAGAUGUAUGAGGUUCACAACCCGGUCCCUCUCAUCGUGGGCAGCUCUGUGGGCGGUCUGCUGCUGCUGGCUCUCAUCACAGGCGGGCUGUACAAGGCUGGCUUCUUCAAACGUCAGUACAAGGAAAUGUUGGCGGAAGCAAAUGGACAGACUGUCUCAGGAAACGAGACCUCAGACCCUCAGGAAGCCCAGUGA